UCCAGAAAAUGAUUACAACUGAAAAUACUGGGAAGAUGAUAGAACGAUUUCUGACAAAUGAACGAUAAUGCAGACACCAAAAAUAAGCAAACAGUUCAGCUACUGUACGGCGUGCACUGCUAGUAACUUGGUACUUACCAGAAUACCUAACAGCUUUCGAAAGCUUUGACUAGGUUAGUAGCAGAUUGCAGAAAUCCUUGCAGGUGAGAUCUUCAUAACGAGUCUUAACUAUUACAAUUGCUUUAACAGUUUGUCGUAAAACGGUUUUUCUUAACAAUCCAAAAGGAAUUCACAGUUGAAAAUACUCUUUCCACGACAGCAUUUGUGCCUGGUAAAGCACGACCAAACCUCACAUGCGUCUCUGUAUUUUUUAAAUGAAGCACAUGUACUUUUAAGUGUAUGGAAUACAUCACACCAUCUCUUGAGUUUCCAAAUUAGCUUUUUCCCAUUCCUCAAGUUUCUGGGAUACAAUGUUGUUCAGGCAUCCUGUCUCAACUGAAAUGUUGCACAUCAGUCUGUCUUCAGAAUUUCAGACAGUUUAAAAGUUAAUCCCAAGAAACUGAAAUUUUCAGUGUUGCCCAAUGAAACUAUUUCAGAGGAUGAAACAGACAAGUUCCCUUCUCUAAAUAAGUCACAAAAGUGUCGUAAAAUAAAUUGAUAACUGGCUCGUACCGGACUGAAAAUGCCUUCCUUUACCAAGUUAAUUAAAAUCGAAAAACUAACUGAAGUUUACCAAAUUUCCUGCCACCGAUUUUUUUUAAUACGUGUAAGUACGUGUAUGUUUUGCGGUAACGGUGCUUUUCUCUUCGCCUGUUUGUACUUUAUUCGUACUAACAAAGUAAGUUACACUGUCAGUUCCCGAAGAAACUGCCAACAGGUGCUUCAUUUUCUUCGUGUGAUGCGUUAUAUCGGCAAGCCCUCCAUGUUUGUUCAGUGGAAAAAACUGAACGACGCAGCACACAUUUUACCUUCGUAUAGUCGUGGUUUCCUUCAAAAAAGCGAACUCGUCUUUCAUGGUUUUAGAGGAAGACUAGUUUCGUUUCCCCGUUUUAACGGGCUCAAGCUAGUUUCACACAACGGACAACAGAGAAUGGAGCGCACUGAAGCAAGUUUGCCGAAUCCAGUGUUGAAACUGCCGCCUGCUUCUCAUUGUUCUCUCAAACAGUCCGAAGACAUCGUGUCGGUCCCAUCUACUGCAAAUGUAUGUCAUCUACCAGUGAAUAGCUAGUUCGUAACUGCAAGUACAAUUGCACGUUGGAAACCCUGUAACGUUCUUUAACGAAAACUUGUUACAUCCGUCCGUUAUUUCUGCAGUAGUAAGUGAUGGAUGGAUACGAAUCGCGAAGCUCACGCUUGAGUCACUUUCACCGAGCGUGAUGAUGGGAAAUCUUCUGUUCACACCUCUCCUCAUCUUGUGACCAAAAUACAGCUUCUGUAUUCCAUCUUUGAAUUCUAGACAAAGCAAGACUCAGGAAAACGUUAAAAAACAUGUCUGUCAUGCGAAAUUGACGUAGAAAUAAUUAAAAACACAAAAUGAAACAAAAUGUCACUUAUGAUUACGAAAAAGCCGGGGCAUUUGGCCUCCCAUUGGACAGUCAAAGGGACACAGAACGAAAAAAUGGCCAUUCCCAUUAAAGACGGGGCUUCUGGUGACGCUAGCCUAGGUCUUAGUGUGUACAUGCCUUAAAAUGGCUUCUACAUGCGACACCUCGUCGGAAAGACGAAAACCGAAUUUCGCAAACUGCUUUUCGGUCUCGUGGUUACAUGUUAAGGCCUGAAACGCAUUUGCUGCCCAGUUAAAUGUGGCACCAGGAUAAGAGCUGUUACAGUAUCUGAUUUAGCCUGUGCAACUGCUGUUCCUAUGCACGUAGACGAGGUGUAAAUAGUUGGUCUAAUAUUUCUACUUGUCCUUCACUGUACAAAAAGCCACUCCGUCCAUAUUACCUGAAAGUUUUUAAAAAUAAGAAGAAACCUCUCGGCCCAAGCACGUUUCAAAACCGGAUGCGUUUACAUGGAAGCGAAAAUCGAUUGCGGAAUUGGAAAACAGGCAACUAGAAGUGAUUUCCUAAAUUCGAUUUUUAAGGUUUUACAUAACCACCCAGUAGAGGUAUGGGGAUGUCGAUAUAAGAAAACCGGUUUUUGGAACGCCAUGCGAAGGGGGUGUGUGGUGCCAGCUGUAUAGCGCGGUACGAGAUAAACGGACUGCGGCGGGGGUGGAGGCAGGCGGCCCGGCAGCGCCGACACCGACGUAGACGCCCCGCUCGCUCUGCUGCAGCCGUUCCCUCGCCUGCCGCGCGAGCUGGCAACGCCGCCCCGUGACGUCAGAGCUGGGUGGGGGCAGCCGCGCGCCCGGCUGUUGGUGCGGCCCAGUUGUGACGCAGCAGCCGUAGGGAGAGCAGUCCGCCGCCAGAGCAUCUCUUCUCCGCGAGAGUACCAGAGGAAGGACCACCCACCAUGUCGGCAGUUACGGAGGUUCAGAACACCACAACCGAGGCCCUGGCCGCCCUGGUAGACGGGGGUGAAGACGGCCUGGUGACGCUGGUGGCGGGCGAGACGAGGGUGGCGGCUCACAGGGCCGUGUUGGCAGCCGCGAGUCCCGUGUUCGCAGCGAUGUUCGCGCACGACAUGCUGGAGGCCAGCUGCGGCCAGGUGAGCGUCGACGACGUGGAGGGCCCGGUGCUGAGGCUCCUGGUGGCCUACACGUAUACCCUGCAGGCCCCCCAGCUGCCCGACACGGCCCACCAGUUGCUGGCAGCGGCAGAGAAAUACGGCUUGUCGGCCCUGAAGGCUGCCUGCGAGCGGCAGCUGAUCUCGCAGUUGGCCGUCGAGACCGCAGCGGCGACGGCCGUCACGGCAGUGAGGCACUCGUGCCCGGACGCCACCAGGGCUGCCGUCGCCUUCAUAAAGGACCACCUGCAGGUGAUUGCCACGCGGGGCUGGGCGGACGCUCUGCUCGAGUACCCGCAAGAAGUCAUUGAAGUCUGCAGUAUGCUCGGUGAGCCACCAGCAGAAGCCAGCUUGCCGACCGCCGCAGGGGGCGGGUCCAUCCCCAACUCUGACCGUCAACCCCGCAGCGGCCACAGCCGAACUCCUGCUGCAGCUGCGCCUCCCAUGUCUGCCCGACACACCCCUCCACCUGAUGACGCAGCCGUCUCGCGCUUCCGCGCACCAGCCGUUACGGAGCUGAGUACCACAACCAGAACCACCACCACCUCCGCCGCUGCCGCCACCUCUGCCAGCGCACCUCGCCAGACACCUGCUGCUGCGCGGCCCACGAGUACUCAACCUGAUGAGGCCACUGUCUCUCAAAUGCGGAGCCUCUCUGCAGAGGAGAGGGACAGGAGGCUGGUCCAGGCGGCUAAGCAGCAGGCAGUGGGGGAGCUGAGGGCGCUGAUCGCCGCAGGGGCCGACGUGGCGGCGAGGGACGGGAGUGGGCGGACCGCCCUGCACUGUGCAGCGGGCUGGGGAGACGUCGAGGCGGCGAGGCUGCUGGUGGGGGCGGGGGCGGCGGUGGACGCCAGGACUGACGGUGGGUGGACGCCGCUGCACUGUGCGGCAGCCAAUGGCCACGCAGAAGUGGCGGCUGCGCUGCUCGUCGCGGGGGCCGACAGGGGGGCGACAACUGGUGAUGGGCGGACAGCGCUGGACGUCGCCAGGCGGUGCAACCAGAGGCGCCUGGUGGAGAUGCUGUGAUGUGGCAGACAGUCCAACGAACUCUGUGCAAAAAGCAGGAACUGAAAGAGUUUGUAGGAGAGUAACAUUCAUAAUUUUUUAAAUAAAGAUCCAAAAAAACUCA